AUGCCCUGCCCUGCCCUGCCCUGCGGUGCUCUGCUCUGCUCUUCUCCUCCAUCCAUUUCCAUCGCGAUGCAUGAAUGCAUGCAUGCAUGCAUCCUGACCCGGACUUCUCUCCGACUGGACUCCGCUUCGGCACCUGCCUGUGGUGCCGCGAGAAAAACAUGGAGAAACCAUUCCAAACGUGGCCGUCGGUCAGAUUCAGCCAUUCCCGCAUGGCACCGCGAUACGGCAUGGCAGAGCCAGCUGCGUCCAGACUACUAUGGUGGCGAGGGCCGGCAUGUAUACGGACGAUACAGCCCGUCAAGAUGCAUAACCCCCCGAUCCCAGCCAUGGAUGGAACAGCAUCGUAUACUCUUUCCUCACCUAGUAUCGUCAUUGUUUUCGUCGUCAUCGUUGGUCGUCGUCGUAGUCGUCAUCCUCGUCGUUGCCGCUAAUGGUGGACCGGAAACCACUGCCGCAGCUGCCGACAGCGUCUCUGUACCCACCCCCACCCAGCCAUCUAGCUAA